CUCCACUUCCGCCCCACUCCUCCCUCCCCUUCCUCCUCCAAACCCUAACCGCCCCCCAAUUCGCGGGGACCGAACCCCACCCUACCCUGCCCAGGAUAUCUGCGGCUCCCGCAUGCCGCACCUGUCCCGGCGGCGGGCGAGGUGACGACGGGGCCCCUGCGGUUGUGGAGGCGGCGCCAUGGGCUGCGUCUGCGGCCGCCCCUCGGCGGUGGAUGACGGGAGGUGCGGCGCGGCGCGGACGCCGCCGCCGCAGGUGGCGGCGGCGGCGGCGGCGAAGCUGUCGGCGUCGGGGGCGGCGAUGGUGAGGAGGGAGGAGGAGGCGAGGAAGCACGCGAGGGCGGCGGGGAGCGGCGGAGGGAGGGAGGAGGCGGUGGAGAGGAGGAGGGCGGCCGCGGCGGCGGCCAUGGCGAUGGCAGCGUGCCGGGUGAGGAGCCCCGUGCCGAGGGCGGUGGAGGGGGAGCAGGUGGCGGCCGGGUGGCCGCCGUGGCUCGUCGCCGUCGCGGCCGAGGCCGUGCGCGGGUGGGUGCCCCGCCGCGCCGAGUCGUUCGAGAAGCUCGACAAGAUUGGUCAGGGAACAUACAGCAAUGUUUACAGAGCUCGCGAUCUUGAAAAGGAGAAGAUUGUUGCCCUAAAGAAAGUGCGGUUUGAUAAUUUGGAACCUGAGAGUGUGAGAUUUAUGGCCAGGGAAAUCCUUAUUUUGCGACGACUUGAUCAUCCAAAUAUUAUUAAGCUGGAGGGUCUAGUAACUUCAAGAAUGUCUUGUAGCUUAUACCUUGUUUUUGAGUACAUGGAGCAUGACCUAGCUGGACUAGCUUCUUUUCCUGGAGUGAAAUUUACUGAGUCUCAGGUGAAAUGUUACAUGCAGCAGCUACUCUGCGGCCUUGAGCAUUGUCAUAGUCGUCACAUUCUGCACCGUGACAUUAAGGGUUCCAAUCUUUUGAUUGACAAUCGAGGCAUACUGAAGAUAGCCGAUUUUGGCCUAGCAAGCUUCUUUGAUCCUGAACAACGUCACCCUUUGACUAGUCGUGUGGUCACACUAUGGUAUAGACCACCAGAACUUCUGCUUGGUGCCACAAAUUAUGGUGUUUCUGUAGACCUUUGGAGUACUGGCUGCAUUCUUGCCGAGUUAUAUGCUGGCAAACCUAUCAUGCCUGGUAGAACUGAGGUUGAGCAGUUACAUAAAAUAUUUAAACUCUGUGGUUCGCCAUCGGAGGACUAUUGGAGGAAGUCUAAACUUCCUCAUGCCACAAUAUUUAAGCCACAACAUCCAUAUCCAAGGCGUGUGUCAGAAACAUUUAAAGAUUUUCCUCUGCCUGCUGUCGCAUUAGUGGAUGUUCUUCUUUCAAUUGAUCCGGCAGAUCGAGGAACAGCAUCCUCUGCACUGCAAAGCGAGUUUUUUGCAACAAAGCCAUAUGCUUGCAAUCCUUCAAGUCUGCCAAGAUAUCCCCCAAGCAAAGAGUUUGAUGCAAAACGGCGAGAGGAGGAAGCUCGGAGGCAAGGUAUUGCUGGAGGAAAGCAACACAAGUAUGAUCCUCAAAAACGGGCAAGAGAGUCAAGAGCUGUUCCUGCACCUGAUGCAAAUGCAGAAUUAGUGUCAUCUUUGCAGAAAAGGCAAAACCAAGUCAAUACCAAGAGCAGGAGUGAGAUGUUCAAUCCCAGCAAAGAAGAUUCCGCGUCCGGAUUUCCAAUUGAUCCACCCAGGCCAACCCAUGCUGUUGAAUCGUCUCAAGACUCUCACCGUGUCUACUCCACAAGAACCUUUCAUUCUGGGCCUCUAGUUAAUCAAAAUAAUCCUUCAAAGGCUGGACAGAGUGAAAAUGGUGAGCUUCAUCUUUCUGGUAUUGCAAACACAUUGAAUUUCCGUUUGGUUGUAUCAACAAGAUCAAAUCUUCAUUCAGAUAAUCGCCACGGAACAGUGGUUACUCAAGCUGAAGCCUUUCCUCAUGAACGGAGGCUGUCUGAAUCUAUAAAUGAGCGUUUCAGUAGUAGCGGAAAGUAUGAUCAAGUAUUUCAGCAGAAAGAUGAAAGGAGUAGCAGGGUGGAUGGAGCUAUUGGCUAUGGAUCCAAGGGUAACAAGAUCCACCAUUCUGGGCCUCUAAACUGCCCUUCAGGAAACGUCGAUCAGAUGCUGAAGGAAAAUGACCGCCAAAUACAAGAAGUUUUCCGGCGAACCCGGGUUGAGAAGUCCAGAGCAAGGAGGGGCCAUGGGCACUCUGGGGAUGGGCACCAUCAAUUUGGCCUAAGACCCAGCGACUUUGGUGCUGCCCCGGUCUUUCCUUCAAGCCGCUCCAGCUAUCGGGCUGCGCAGCAGUAAGAUCAAUGCUCAGCCAGUAAUUUGGUAGUUUAGGCGCAAAUUCGACGUGAUUUUGCAAGAGGAGUUCGAUUGGCUUCAUUUCCCCCAUAUUUUGGGGGAUACAUGUCACGCUAUGUACAGGAAAGUCUAGCUGUGAAAUGCCUUUCUUAUUGGGAAAACUUUGGAGGAGAGGGAAGAAGGCUAUUUGUUAAUUGAGCGGUGAUUUGGGCGUUCUACAGAUGUUAUUAUCAUCAGGCUGGCAGUUCUCCAUGUUCUAGUUUCAGAUUUGCUGAAAUUAUAGCUCAAAUGUAUAUUUCAGAUUGCUAGGUAUCCUGUGAGGAUUAGAUCUUAUGAAGUUUUGGGCAUGGUUGGUU